AUGACCAGGAAGACACUGUCCACUCGUAUUGAGGAAUUUGAGGAAAAGCAUGUUGGGUUGACUAGAAAUGUUAACGAGUGUUGUAUGUAUAGAGUGCAUAAGCAGUUACGUAAGGUAAACAAGAAGGCUUACAAGCCUGUGCUGCUUGCCAUCGGUCCUUACAACGAUCAAAGCAAGGUUGGCCAGGGGUUUAUGGAAGAGCAUAAAUUGCAAUAUCUACAUCAAAUGCUUAAAAUAACGAAAGUACAUGUAGAAACAUACAUUGCCACCUUGAAAGAAUUGGAAGAAAGACCUCGUAAUUGCUAUGGAGAACACAUUAGGCACACCCCAGAGGAGUUUGUAGAAAUGAUGGUACUUGAUGGGUGUCUCAUUAUUGAGUUGUUCCACAAGUAUAAAACAAGAGAUAUUUUAGAGGACCCAAUCUUUCAAAUGAAGUGGGUGCUUCCUAGAAUAGCUCAUGAUCUACUGUUGUUUGAAAAUCAACUUCCAUUCUUUGUUCUCGCUAAAUUGUUCAGGAAGAGUGAGAGUAACAAUACACAUGUUGUCGAUAUUGAUGAGGAGAAAGAUGAAAUUAGUGUUGAAAGCUCUACCUCCACAGAUCAGGUUAUCCAGACACGACUUAAUGAUCUUGCCCUCAUAUUUUUCUCUUGCUUUUUACCAUGUCAAUGGAAUGUCGAUGCAUCAAGUCAUAAUUCAACCGAAAAGAUUAACCAUCUACUUUCUUUGGCGCAUGAAGCUUUCACCCCUUUACUUCCACUCAUGGUAUGUCAACGUUUAAAGCUCGGGUUCAGAUUCAAGAAUGCAGAGUUUGAGCAUUUGCUUGGUCUCAUACAUGCAACAAUUAGUAUUUCAUUACUUGAUAUAGAAAUUGAUCAUGCCAGAGAACGUCAAGAGGUAGGAGUCAAAUGCAAGAAUCCAAAGAUAUUUAAGCACCUUGUUGGUCUGAUUUGUGAAGCUAUCAUUCCAUUACUUGCAAAAAUGAAAAAUAUGAGGAAGGCAAAGAAAUUUAAGCGUCUACAUGAUCUUACAAAGAUUGAACACAAGAACAUACACAGUGCCACAGAGCUUGAAGAGGCUGGAAUCAAAUUCAAGAAAGUAGAGAAAUCUAAUGUGUUUUCCAUAAAGUUCAACAAUGGGCUAAUGGAGAUUUCACCUUUGGGCAUAGAAGAUCAUACAGAGACUUACUUACAAAAUCUAAUUGCAUAUGAGCAAUACUGUCAUCGACAUAACGAUGUGAAUUACGUAUACAACGAUGUGUGCUUCAUGGAUCAUCUCAUUAAUACUCCAAAGGAUGUUGAGUUACUCCGCCGAAAAGGAAUUAUUCGUAAUAAUUUGGGUGAUGAUGAAGUUAUUUCCACCAUGGUUAACAAGCUUGGUCACUAUGUCAGUAUUUCAAACAACCUUUAUGCUAGAACUAUCAUGGAUGUGAACAUGCAUUGUAGGAGACGCAGGAAUGUAUGGAUGGCAAAAUUAAGGCACGAUUAUUUCAACAAUCCUUGGGCAUUGGUUUCCUUUAUGGGUGCUGUCUUAUUGCUUGCACUUGCAAUUACACAAACCAUAUUUUCCAUUAUUCAUUAG